UGUCACCUGCCGUGGGGCGGCCGAUGCCGGCAGCACUGCCGCGUUCUCCGCGGGUCUCAGGACCGCGUCCCCUGCGAGGCAAGCUGCGACCGAGCCCGGCCCCGGCCUCCCCACGGCAGCUGCAGGCCCCGGUGGCCGCGGCGGGGGCGGUCCCGGGGCGGCGCUGCAGCGCCCAGCGGGCCGCGAGCAGCAGCAGCGGGAGACGGGCGCCGGCUCCUCCUUCUCCCUUUCCUCCUCUUCCUCCCUCGGCGCCGGGGUGGGCUCGCCCGCGGCAGCCGGGGUGUGGUGUCCUGCCGUGCCGUGCCCCGUGUGCCAUGGACUGGCAGGUGCUGACCAGGGAGCUUUCCCUCUACCUGGAGAACCAGGUCCGCGUGGGGUUCUUCGGCUCCGGCGUGGGCUUGUCCCUGGUACUGGGUUUCGGUGUCGCCUACGCCUGCUACUACCUCAACAGCAUCGCCAAGAAACCCCAGCUGGUGGCAAGCAAUGACCGUUUCUGCCGCUUUCUUGAGGAAUAUUGCCCUGUUGUGACAGAAACUUACUAUCCCACGAUUUGGUGCUGGGAAGGUCGUGUACAGACACUCCUGCGCCCCUUUAUCACAUCUAGACCCCAAGUACAGUACAGGAAUGAGCUCAUUAAAACAGCAGAUGGAGGACAGAUUUCGUUGGAUUGGUUUGAUAAUAAUGACAGCUCAUAUUAUCCAGAUGCCAACACAAGACCCACUGUCCUAUUAUUGCCUGGCCUGACAGGAACAAGCAAGGAAUCCUACAUUCUUCAUAUGAUCCAUCAAAGUGAAACACUGGGAUAUAGAUGCGUGGUUUUUAACAAUCGGGGAAUUGCUGGCGAGGAGCUUUUGACACCAAGGACUUACUGUGCAGCUAACACAGAGGAUUUAGAGACUGUUAUUCAUCAUGUGCACAGCUUGCACCCCUCAGCUCCAUUUAUGGCAGCAGGUGUUUCUAUGGGAGGCAUGCUUCUUUUAAAUUAUCUGGGAAAAACUGGCAGAGACACUCCUUUAAUGGCAGCUGCAAUUUUCUCUGCGGGUUGGAAUGUUUUUGAAUCUAUAGAAUCUCUGGAGAAGCCACUAAACUGGCUUCUUUUCAACUAUUACUUGACCACUUGUCUACAAUCCUCUAUCAGCAGGCAUCGACAAAUAUUGGAGAAAUUAUUUGAUAUGGAUCUUGUGAUGAAGGCUAGAACUAUUAGAGAAUUUGAUAAGCAAUUCACUUCAGUCAUGUUUGGCUACCGUUCAAUUGAUGAUUACUAUGAAGAUGCUAGCCCAUGUCGCAAGCUGAAGUCAGUAGGAAUUCCAGUGUUAUGUCUAAACUCUGUGGAUGAUGUUUUCUCACCAGGUCAUGCUAUACCAGUAGAAACUGCCAAACAAAAUGCAAAUGUUGCUUUGGUUCUGACUUCGUGUGGAGGCCAUAUCGGUUUUCUGGAAGGAAUAUGGCCGAGGAAGUGCACUUACAUGGACAGAGUCUUCAAGCAGUUUGUGCAAGCUGUGUUUGAGCAUGGAAAUAAAAUCUUCAGCAUAUAGCUUUGGACCACUGUUAUAGCACAGUGGCACAUUCUGACAAGGGCAGUUAAGCUUAGUGCACAAACUUUAACUCCUGUAAGCCAGCAAAUGGAUAAAGUCUAUUACUACAUGCAAAAAUAUUUUUGCCUAAGAUUUUGUAGCAAGAAACUAAAUAUUAUGUUGUCACUUUUAUAUUUAUUUUUAAUAUGCCUUACUAAGAAUGACCUUAAAUGAAACAGUGUUCUGCAUACAUCAAAUUGCACUUAACCAAAACUAUCAAGUAGAGAGAUUAUAAUUCCUCAGGAUUUUAAUUUAAACCAGUAUGUAUUUAGGAAACUUUAUUUAGAUGGCUUUUACUAUUGGAAUGGCAACACUCAAAAUAGCUUAUAUUAUCCUGUCACAUAUAGUACCAGUUGGCCCAUUCCUUAGAGCAUUGAUGAUGAAAAGCUUAAAAAAUGAAAACAAAAGGAGGGAUCAAAUAAAAGUACUGAGUCUUCAAAUAAGUCAAAAUUUCAGCAUGUUAUUCCACAGCAUUAGAUUGAUACCUGCUUUUGCUGUUCUGCCCUGAGAGUAUUCAGAUUUAGGGCUGUUUAUUGUUUUUUAAGCUAUGUCAAUGCCAUACUUGUCUUACAUGGUUAUUUUUUAAAGAGCUAAUUUAUAGUGUUUACGUAUAACCAAAAGAUUCCUUUGAAACAGUACUGUAAUAACUUAUGUAAUUAAAAGACAUUUUACAUUUCAGAGUUUAUGUAAAGCUGGGUGUUAUCACAUAGCUAAGUAACACAUAUUUCAUAUAACUAGUAAACUAGGUGAUUGAACCUGCUAUUUAUAUUACCUUGCAAGAACAUUUCAGUUUCAAAGUAUAAAUAUUAGAGAAUCAAGAAAUUAUUAUAUACUCUGCUUUAGAUUAAAAAAGAAAAAUUCAAAGCUUUUGUCUCAUUUCUGAAAAGAAUGAAACAAAUUGUUUAAAGAAAGUUGGGAUGGAGGUCAGAGUCGUGCCUCUUGUUUAUUUGAUCAUUUGUCACCAUUUUGGCAGUAGGUUGUCAAAUCACUGAAGUCACUGGCCAGCAUGGAGAAAGGACAGUUGGACAGAAUGUAUUUUGAAACUGUUGGGAAGCCCUAAUUUAGGGCAUACUGAAAUUUAGAACAGGCCCUUAAGCAGCAGUUGUGGAGCUCCCAUCUUUUGCUGAUCACUGAUUUGGGUCCAGCCACAUACAAGAAAUCAGGAAAGAUGCCUCUGCAUUUUUAUUUUUAUCUUUUGAGAGGGGUCAGUACAAGAAGAAAAUGCAGCUAAAAAAAGCAAGUCAGGUCUUUUGUCUCAAGCAGUACGUGAACGCUCCUCUUGCAAGGCAUGUUUCCUAGUAACAGCAAAAGAGGAACAAAAAUACUUUUUGUCUUUAGGAAAAGAAAUUAGGACAUGCUAUACGAGAGCUGUUUUGUAAGGUAGACGGUUGAAUUAAGAAAAUUUAAAAGUGCUUUCAAGUCUUGACUUUUCAAACAGGCACUUCCCCAAAACUCUUAUUUUUUCUCUAAUAAGAAAAAUUAGGAAAGUUUGCAAGACCAAAAUUAAUUUUUUUGCAUGCUACAAUACAAAAAAAUAGCAUACUAGUAGGGUGCCUUAUUUAUUCUUGUAUUCAUUUCCAGGUUUUAUGUUCAUGCAAAAAAGAGCAAUAAACAAUGUAUUUAGUGUUAUAUUUGUAAAAUUGUUUAGGUACAGUACUGUUCAAAAUUCAGCAUAAAGUAUUAAUAAAAAUAGAACCACUUACAUUAAAUAACACCUUACUGUUUAAAUAAAAGUAUUAUGAUUGAUGCCAGAA